CUUCCCUCUGCCCACCUGUUUGCCGGGAGGCAGCGCAGCGCGCCCCGAAGCCCGCGGGCCGACUAGAGCCCCGCGUUCGUGGCGCUGCGCCUGCGCAGAAACCCUCCCCUGGUAACGGCCCACCCCUUCCCUCGGCCUUAGAAACCAACCGAGCCAUCUUAGCGGCUGCCGGGCGUGUGUGGGCGGGCGAGUCUACUGGCCUAUCUGCAAGCCUUUCUUCUAGAAGUCUGAGACUCCGUUUGAGCCAUGUGGGACCCACCUCCGGACCCUGAGCACCCUUCCCAGCAGCUCGCGAGCCGGAGGAGUUCCCAGGGCUCGGAUCGGCGGCCCAGUCGGGACUCUUCUCAACUCCAGCCCUCAGUCCUAGAGGAACAGCUGCAAAUGCAUCUUGACCCCCAGAUGCUGCCACAGCAGCAAGCUAGUCAGGAACGCUGGGCGAACCACCCCAACCUGUCCCAGAUGUCGGAGGCCUUCCAGGCUCCAGAAACCCAGAUGGGUAGUGUGCACUACCCGAUUCAGAGUGCCGGCUACCCCCAAGAGUUCCAACCCUAUCCUUAUACGGAUGAAAACAGAGGCCAGGGUCACGAUCGAAGGGCCAGUGUGCUGCUGCAGCAGGUGAACCAGGCCCAUGGCAACCUCCUCCAGCACCUGGAGUCAGCGUACCAGGACCCCCGGUCCGAACUCUUAGGCCAGUUCAACCCCUACCAGAGACAGGACCUGCAGCUCGAGGACACCCAGCACGGGCCCUACACAAGGGAUGACCCUGACCUCCACUACUUGCCCCCUGAGCUGGACUUCGGGCCCUAUGGUAUGGAGGUGCCGGAGCCCGAGCCUCGGGAGCUGGCUGUGCAGAACGCCAAAGCCUACCUGCUGCAGACCAGCGUCAAAUGUGACCUCAGCCUAUACGAGCACCUAGUGAAUCUGCUCACCAAGCUCUUGAACCAGCGGCCCGAGGACCCCCUGUUCAUCCUGGAGUCAUUGAACCGCACCACGCAACGGGAGUGGUUCCACCCCAAGCUGGACACAAUGCGAGACGACCCCGAGAUGCAGCUCACCUACGAGAUGGCUGAGAAGCAGAAGGCGCUAUUCAUCCGGAGCGGUGGCGGUGAGGGUGAACAGGAGAUGGAGGAGGAGGUGACAGAGACACCAGUGCCCAACAUCAUGGAGACGGCCUUCUACUUUGAGCAAGCCGGCAUCGGCCUGGGCUCGGACGAAAGUUUCCGCAUCUUCCUGGCCCUGAAGCAGCUGGUGGAGCAGCAGCCCAUCCUCACCUGCCGCUUCUGGGGCAAAAUCCUGGGGCUCAAGCGUAGCUACCUGGUGGCCGAGGUGGAAUUCCGAGAGGGCGAAGAAGAAGGCGAGGAGGAGGAGGUGGAGGAUAUGUUGGAGGGCGCAGAUGUCAUGGACGCGCACGGCGAGGAGGAGGGCGAGGAGGACGAAGAGAAGGCAGCCGACGUGAUCCCCAAACCCAUGUGGAAGCCGCCGCCUGUCAUCCCCAGGGAGGAGAGCCGCUCAGGCACCAACAAGUACCUGUACUUCGUGUGCAACGAGCCGGGCCGACCCUGGACUCGGCUGCCCCACGUCACGCCGGCCCAGAUCGUGCACGCGCGCAAGAUUAAGAAGUUCUUUACCGGCUACCUGGACACGCCGGUCGUCAGCUACCCGCCCUUCCCGGGCAACGAGGCCAACUACCUGCGCGCCCAGAUCGCCCGCAUCUCGGCCGCCACGCACAUCAGCCCGCUUGGCUUCUACCAGUUUGGCGAGGAGGAGGGCGACGAGGAGGAGGAGGGCGGCGCGGGGCGCGAUUCCUUCGAGGAGAACCCAGACUUUGAAGGCAUCCCGGUGCUCGAGCUGGUCGACUCCAUGGCCAACUGGGUGCACCACACACAACAUAUCCUGCCGCAGGGCCGCUGCACCUGGGUGAACCCUUUGCAGAAGUCGGAGGAGGAGGAGGAGCUGGGGGAGGAGGAAGAGAAGGCAGAUGAAGGAAUAGAGGAGGUGGAGCAGGAAGUUGGGCCCCCACUGCUGACACCGCUCUCAGAAGAUGCAGAAAUCAUGCACCUUUCGCCCUGGACGGCCCGCCUGUCCUGCAGUCACUCCCCGCAAUACUCCUUGGCCGUCGUGCGCUCCAAUCUCUGGCCGGGGGCUUAUGCCUACGCUAGUGGCAAGAAGUUUGAGAACAUCUACAUCGGCUGGGGCCACAAGUACAGCCCUGAAAACUUCAACCCAGCCCUGCCAGCCCCCAUUCAGCAAGAGUAUCCCAGUGGCCCAGAGAUCAUGGAGGCAAAUGACCCCACGGUGGAGGAGGAGCAGGCCCUCAAGGCUGCCCAGGAACAGGCCUUGGCAGCCGCAGAGGAGGAGGAGGAGGAUGAGGAGGAAGAUGAGGAUGAGGAUGUAGAGGACUGAGGCCCCAUAGCCUCUUUCCCCACACAAGUAGAUAGAUAGCAGUUUUUCCUUACACAUAGUUAUAUACGGAUUUAUUUUUUCACUAGUGGUUUUCUCUCUGCUCCUGGAGGGCAGGGGGAGAAGAGGAAGACAGCUGCUCUGAAUAAAAUCUCCCUGUGGCAUUACAAUUCAUUUAUUUAUUCACCACAUUCAUUGGCAUGAUGACUGUCCCAUGUGUUUCAUUUAUUAAUUUGACCAGCCAUCAAACAACUAUUUAAGUGCCUCCUCUCAGCUCAGCUCAGCCCUGCUGGGGAUACAGAGGGGACCAUGUAGCCGAAGCCCUGACUCCCCCUCUCCGUGGGGGAGACAGCCAUCCCCAAACAAUGAAAACCGGGAUGGGGACAUCAAUAGGAAUGUCAGAACUUCUCAGUUGACUCUUAAAGGGUCAAGAAAAGAGUGGGGAAAGACAUUGCAAGCAUAGGAAACAGCAUGAGAGAGUGAAAGGUGUUGGGGUAGUUGCUCUAAUCUCACUUUAGGUGAGACAUAACGUGAGGGCUUAGUGGUGAGAAGUGAGGUUGGAAACACAAGUUGGUGGGAGCCAGAUCACUCAGGGCUUAACUUUGCCACAUGGCCACUAGAGUGCCACAGAAGGGCUUCAGGAAGGGGAGGGCCCUGAUAAUAUUUGUGCUAAAGAAAGACCCCUCUAGAUGCCAAGUGGAGGGGUGAGAAUAGAGUCUGGUAGACCAGAGACAAGGCUGAUGCUGGAAGGAUUGGGCGGGAGGAGUUUGGGCAUGAAUGUGGAGAGGGAGGGGCUAGGAAAUAGAAUUUCAGGUGGUAGAACAUAAAAAAGAAUUGGGGGCUAGAGGUGGGGGAUGAAGGGAAAUGGUACAAGCCUAGGAGGACACCUAAGUCUGUGACCGGGUGCAUGGCAGGGUCAGCCCUAAGAUGGGGACACCGGAGAGGAACAGGAAUUGGAGUAAGAUGUCAAGUCCAGUGUAGGACUUAUUGAAAGUGAGAUGCCUCUGAGACAUUCCUGUGAGAAAUUCGGAGGGCAUGAAUAAAUGGGCUUGGGGAAAUAUGUGAUGGAGAUGGGGUAUAGUUCUACUUUAGCAGAACUGAGGGGCACUGGCUAUCAGUGGAAACCCUGAUGGCAUAGUGGUUAAGAGCUACGGCUGCUAACCAAAGGUGGGCAGUUGGAAUCCACCAGGCACUCCUUGGAGACUCUACAGGGCAGUUCUACUCUGUCCUAUGGGGUCGCCAUGAGUCGGAAUCGACUCAAUGGCACUGGGUUUGGUUUUUUUUUUGGGGGGGGCUAUCAGUGGGGGAUAUUAGGGUCAGUGCAAGACUAGACUACUAGUGGAUCAUUGGAACACUGGGGGCAUUGCCGGGAUCCUUGAAAAUUUGGAAUCAGGGGUAGGUGUUGGAAGACCCAGUGAAAUUGUUGAAGAUAGUGAAGUCAUGGAGAUAUUGAAGAUUGGUGGGAAAUACGGAUAAUGUUUGGGGUUAGCAUUAAUCAAUAGCUGGUCAGAUGAAGUCCUUGAAGAUUUGUGGAGACAUUAGGGGUCAGUGGUGAUUUGGAGGUCAUCAAUAGUGGGAGGAAUGGUCGGAGAUGCCGUGGUCACUUGGGGACUUUAGGAUGUCAUUGGAACACAGUGGCGGUCAGGAGGGUGCACGCUGGGAGUCUAAGGAAACAUUAGAGUCACCUGGGGUCGUCUGGGAAGUCAUGGGAGGGGCAGGAUACGGACGAGGCCUCCUCUUGCGGGGGCCCUCCGUUGCUAGGCAAACGUUCUCCGGGCGCCGUUGCUAGGGACUUGUGCUUUCCAACUGGCCACACCCUUUUUCGCCGCGCCCCGCCCCCGCAGCCAACCACAAGGCGGU